CCUUCCUCUUAUAAUCACACCAGUCCUCAGGAUAUGUGGUAUGUCCUGACUGGAAUCACAGGACUGGAAGAUUCGCACACUUGGAUCUCCAUCCCUAUCUGUUCUAUGUAUGUUUUGGCUCUCCAAGGCAAUGCCUUCUUGAUCUUCGUGAUUGUGACUGAGCGCAGUCCCCAUGAGCCCAUGUAUAUCUUCCUUUCCAUGCUGGCCUCGGCAGAUGUGCUUCUCUCCACAGCCACAGCCCCCAAGAUGCUGGCCAUCUUCUGGUUCCAGUCCAUGGAUAAAUUGUUUGGUUGCUGUGUGUCCCAGAUGUUCUUCGUACAUUUCAUCUUUGUGGCAGAAUCUGCUAUUCUCCUGGCCAUGGCAUUUGACCGCUAUGUGGCCAUCUGUCACCCACUGAGAUACUCCACAAUCUUAACCUCUUCAGUCACUGGGAAGAUUGGCAUAACAGCUGUGGUCAGGAGCUUUAUCAUCUGCCUUCCAUUCAUCUUCCUGGUACACCGACUUAGGUAUUGUGGGAGAAACAUCAUUCCUCAUUCCUACUAUGAGCACAUGGGCAUUACCAGAUUGGCAUGUGAUAGUAUCAGGGUCAACAUCAUCUAUGGUCUGACUGUGGCCCUACUGUCUACAGGACUGGAUAUUGUGUUCAUCAUUAUGUCGUACACCAUGAUCCUUUGCACAGUGUUUCAGAUACCUUCCUGGGCUGCCAGAUUCAAGGCCCUCAACACAUGUGCUUCCCACAUCUGUGUCAUCCUUAUGUUCUUUGCCCCAGCAUUCUUUUCAUUUUUUGCCCAUCGUUUUGGGGGGAAAACCAUCCCUCACCAUGUCCACAUCCUAGUAGCCAACCUCUAUGUGGUGGUGCCCCCUAUGCUAAACCCCAUCAUUUAUGGGGUCAAAACCAAACAGAUCAACCGAGUAAUUUUGCUUUUCUCCUGCAUCAAUUAA